GGAAAUACAAAACGGCCCCCGGAACCAUAACAUAUAUGCUGUUGCUUUAGUAAUCAGGGGUAUGCUAAUAUAUGUGAACAUAAUAUAAAUAUAAAUUUGGCUAUUAACUAUAAUCACAAUUUUACAAAUAGAUAAAGAUAUAUAUUGCUUGUUAUAGUAAUUGUGAGUAUGCCAUUAAAUAUGUUGCUAUUACUAUAAUUAAGAAUUUACAUAUAAAUACAAAUGAAUAAAUAUUCAUAAAUAUGAAUAUGAUUUAUAGAAGAUACAAAUAUGAUAUACAGUUGCUAUUUACUAUAGUCAGAAAAUCACCAAUUUACAUAAGUGUCUAACCAAAUGUAAAUAUACAACGGGUAUGUGUGUUUACACACAUGGGUGUUGGGUAUGUACAAAGUCAUGCAAUAAUGUGCAAUAUUAAAUUGUGCAAUGGUUGUGGGGAUAAUGAAGGAGUCAUUAUUGUGCAGCAGUAGAAGUUCAGCAGAAUGAACGAGGACAGCUGUUUUUUCUUGAGAAGAGGCACUGAUAAGUACAGGCUCAACAUCCAUCUCGUUAAAGUGGAUGGUGUUGUGUGAGCCUAUCUUUUCCACAAUGAGCUCCUUGUUCUUAUUGGUGUUCAGGAGCAGAUUGUAGACCUUACAAGUGGCCAGAUGAUGGACCUCUUCCCUGUAGCCCUGUCUCAUCAUUGUUGCGGAUGAGACCAACACUGCUGUAUUGUCUGCAAACGUAAUGAUCGCGUUCGAUCCGUCUAUGGGCCUGCAGCUGUGGGUGAAGAGGGAGUAGAGGAAGGAGCUCAGCAGACAGUCCUGCGGUACGCCGGUGUUGAGCGCUGUGUCUUUCUGUGCUUCAUCAACCUCUCCUCCUUCCUCAGCUCUAGCUGGUCGUCCAGACACACCUGACUACGAGCCAAAAGGAUCCAUCUGACUUCAGCUGUCAAUUUGUGGGACCAUCCAGAGAGUUGUGUUAUAAGAACAACCCUCCUGGACAUUUCCCACAAUGCACCUGCAUCCUGAAAAGUUAGACACUUACGGAUGAAGGUGUGAGCGUUGUGUGAAGUUUGGAUGUGGUUGGAAUAAAACUGGGUGUUCCUGGGCCAAUUCCGGAGUGGGAAAUGCCAGUUUUUGUCAAACCAUCAAGUCAAAGAUGAGCUUUCCUCCCCCAGAGAUCUCCUCCAUCUCUCCCAGAGUCGUGUCUUUCUACGGCAGGAACCAUGCAGUGUUGUCAGGUUACAACCUCAUUGAUGUGACCAGAGUGAGGAUUCAGAGAGACACGGCCUGUGCUGCACAAGAGACUCCCGUGUGGAACAACAGUGGUGUAAAUCUGACGUUCCACAUUCCCAGUACAAAUUAUAAAGGUGUUGUCAGAGUGUGUGUCACUUUGCCAGAUGGCAGUUGCCAUGGCAACUACAGAAUCUCCUACCAGUCAUCACCGUCCUGUUUCAGAACUGAACCAAACAGCACCUGGUUCAGUGGGAAGAGAACCAUCACACUCGUCGGAUCCCACCUAGAAUGUGUGGAAGGGGUCAUCCACAGCCACAACCCACAAGAUGUCAUAUUACCCAGAAGCAGAAAUUCUGGUAUUCUAACCUAUGAAACAGCUGCAGUAAAAAGCACCCAGCAGUCCUUUUUGAGCUCUGUGUCUCUGAAAGUAGCCAACGAGACAUUGGUCUGUUACACAAGCUUUAAGUACCACCCAGACCUUGAGUUCAUCACGUAUAAAUCCCUCAGAACAGGGUACGGUGUGCUCAUCACCUUAGAGAAAAAGAAGGAUGAACUGGAAAUGACGACAGCAGAGUUGUCAGUGUGGGGUAUUAAUGAUGGAAAACAGCACCCCUGUACUAUGAUAAGCAAAGAAGCCAGUCAUGAGGCAGAGUUUUUCAUCUGUCACAUUAAGAACAUCCCUAAUAUUGAAUUUCAGGAGUUGAUGAUACGAUAUGGUGACAUGACAGUAAGACUAGGGCCCCUAUCUUUAUUACACCAGGUCCUACAUAUACUGCGUCUACUACUGAUACUGUGUGUGUUUGUAGUGCUUGUGACGAUCUGUCAAUGGCAAAAGAAGCUUUCCACCGAGAAGAAGCUCUGAUCAUCGGGUCCAAGCAUUAUUGUAUGUUUUUCAUUGUGUAAAAAUAGCUAAUCUGUAAGAAAUUACACUUAUAAUUUUGUAUAAUUUCUAUAAAUCUCUAUAAUUUUCAAUUAAAUGUAUUUCAAUCAUG